AGCGCCAGUCCAGUGGGUAUUUCGGGGUCACCGAUAACAAAUCAGAUCAGAAUUGCGAGUCUACACACCGGCUUGGUUAGCUACAUCUAGACACUUUGCAUUCUUGACCCGACUGCAAUCGUGACCUUUCACGUCCUUUGCUCCACAAAUGUUCAGCCAUCGUGGUCACCAGAAGUCGUCCACUCCUCACGAAAAUGCCGCUCAGAGAGAAUUGGAGGUUGCAGUUUGCCACCACAGAGUUGCCGUUCCGAGGGCAUACUAUCGGAAUUUGCUGUGAAUGACGUGAUAUCUGUAUAGAGCUGAGGGUUGCUUGUGCACUGGUGCUCCAGCAUAUAAGAACACCAGCAUUUGGUCGGAAUGUGCUGAAACUGACCAAGCACUUUCAGAACCGUCUUUCAGACUUCUCAUGCUGCACACUUUGGUCAGAGCAAUCGCAAUCCGAUAGUUCAAGAUGGCUGAACUUGUUCCAUAUUUCGACGGGAUGCAGCAAGGACAGGGAUACAAUACCUACCUUCAACAAAUUGGAGUAGCAGAUGCUGUCACUAUCACUCCUGGUCAGCCAGAGUCCGAUACUUAUGACCUCUUCUAUUGGAGUGAAAGAAUCGAUGAUUACACCAAACUUGCGCGGUCUUUGGAGAUAACCGCUGGCGCUGCUAUUUCCGGCUGGAAACAGUCCUCUCAGAUCGACGCGAGCUAUCUUGACCGGCUCAGCUUUGAAAGCAGCACGGUGACAUAUCAAGUCCAGGUCUCAUCCAGGCAACAAGCAUCAAUUGGAAAUUCGUAUUCCUUCAAUCACAUUAACACCAAUACCCCGAAUAGGUUGUACGGAGAUCGUUUUAUUGCAGAUUUCAUCCGAGGUGGCCAAUACUUUGCCCGCGUCUCCAUCUCCUCAGUCAACAAAUCGACCAGUGAAGAGAUUAGGCAGGCGUCUGAGGUUGCUUUCUCGAUGUACGGGGUCACCGGGUCCGUCACGAACGAAGUGAGAAGUGCCGUGGAGACAAUCAACAAACACUCCCGCGUCACAGUCUGGAUCCAUACCUCUGGAGGCGGAGGCCGAGCUGGAGUCAUCCAUGCAGAACCUCACGACGGGGACGACUCACCUCUCUUUGCGAUCAAGGAAGGUGCGGAUAAUUUCUACCAGGAGUUGAGGGAGGGAAAGCAUAGAUACAGACGAUUUGCGCUCCUGUGGAGAUACACCAACGUCCCGAAUUUCAAUAAUAGCUGGUACCUUUUUGAAGACUUUACGCAGUACGAUGCAUACCUCGAGCUCGUCAGGAAGAUUCCAGUUCAGAAGUUCAUCAACGGCAGAGAGCAACAAGCCGAGCUGUACGAGGAAGGGGCGAACAUACUUUCGGUGAUCCGCACCAAAGUCCAAGCGAUCAACGAAAAUCCGGAAGAAAUAGACUCGCCAAUCUCAUAUCCCAUCCCAGUGGAAUACCGGAAGGUUGUUCUACUGGCCAUAAGAACAGUAACCAUGAUCGCCCAAGAACGAACCCUCGACAACGGCAGCUUCAGUGACGUUGCACUACCAACUCUCCUAGGAAAUGCACGAACUCUCUUCAAGUUCCAGACAUACGACUUCGACACAGGAUUCGGGAACACGGUUGUUUCCUUUGGAAGACGAGACUCGUCCUUUAUAUGUCUGAGCGGCCAGCGAGUAUCCGACGGAUAUCGGGAAGAAAGCUUCUUUUGGGCAUUUGAAGACCCGGUAGAGGAGGUUUCGGAGCAACAGGUCCAUGUGGCCAGUAUGCGAACGAGGGAUUUGCUCCUUUUGAGUCGGACGGACCCAGGGCCUAGACCAUUGUUUACUUUUUAUGCGAAGAGUAGUUGGUAGUCUAUAGGGCAAAUACAUGGCACAAAGGCCCACCACCACUAACUCUAACCGCCAUGGUUUAUAUUGCAAGAUUAUGAGGGAGAAAAGUAAGGCACAAUAUCUAG